AGUCCAUGGCUUGUUUACCUAUCCAAGGUUUUCAUCUGGUGAAUGUCGCAGAUAUUUACGUUCAGUCGUUUCCUUGUUUUCUAUUAGAUAGGUUGGUAGGGUUUCUGAUAGUCAUCUGAGGAAUAGACCCCAGUAAAGAAUAACAAUGCUUAAAUUUCUACUGCUGUCGUCGGUGAUCCUAAAUUCAGUUUUUAGCGGACUUGUGGAGGUAGGAGAUGGAAGAUGGGGGGUGAAUUUUUUCGGUUUCAAGGCUGGCCUGAACUUCGCCAACGGUGGCGUCAAGGCUUACGCAGGUACCCCAACUGGUCAAAAGGCUGAAGCAGGCCUUGGCGGAGGUGUUGGAAGUGAUGGCACAGGAGGAGGACUUUUCGCAGGUGCUUCCACAGGGUUUGGUCAAGAAGCACGAGCAGGUCUGGCUGGGGGUGCUGGUAAAGCCGGCACGAUAGGUGGACUUUUCGCUGGAGCUUCGACAGGGUAUGGGCAGGAAGCUUCGGCAGGCCUUGGAGGAAUUUUAGACGGAAAAGAGCCGCGUUUGGGCCUGUUCAGCAGGGCUUUGAGAAGAAUACGAUCUAUUGUAUGGUGGAGAUGAUUGAGAUUGCAGUUUUCGGAAUUUCGAUUGGGGAAAAUACAGUGGAGUGGAGAAAGAGGGAGGAAAUAGGGGAGUAUCGGACUUCGUUUUAUUUUUAAUGAACCCUUCUAUGUAGAUAUUUCAUACUUGGUAAAAAAAGUAUUUAAGGCAUCAAUUUAAAUGUAACAUAGCUGAAUUAAAGUAAUAUGUUCAGAACUA